GGCCGUGGGGCGGAGGAACCGGCUCCCGGCUGGGACUCCGAGCUCCGGGCUCGGGGCUCGGCGGCACGGCCUCCGCAGGCAGCGAGGCUGUGCGAGCCGAGGUGUCUCCCGCUCCUCCCCCAGCUCCGCCAUGCAGGGCCCUGCCGGGAACGCAAGCCACGGACUGCCGGGCGGGCCGCCCUCUACCGUUGCGUCCGGGGCGGGCCGCUGCGAGAGCGGCGCACUCAUGCACAGUUUCGGCAUCUUCCUGCAGGGGCUGCUCGGCGUCGUGGCCUUCAGCACGUUGAUGCUCAAACGCUUCAGAGAACCAAAGCAUGAAAGACGUCCAUGGAAGAUAUGGUUUCUAGACACUUCCAAACAAGCCAUAGGAAUGCUGUUCAUCCACUUUGCAAAUGUGUACCUAGCAGACCUCACCGAAGAGGACCCUUGUUCCCUGUACCUCAUCAACUUCCUCCUAGACGCCACCGUGGGCAUGCUGCUCAUCUACGCAGGUGUGCGCGCCGUCAGCAUCCUGGUGGAGUGGCAGCAGUGGGAGUCCCUGCGUUUUGGCGAGUAUGGAGACCCUGUGCAGUGCGGCGCCUGGGCCGGGCAGUGUGCUCUCUACAUCGUGAUCAUGGUCUUUGAAAAGUCUGUCGUCUUCAUCGUCCUUCUCAUACUUCAGUGGAAAAAGGUGGCCCUACUGAAUCCUAUUGAAAACCCAGACCUGAAACUGGCCAUCGUCAUGCUGAUCGUCCCCUUCUUUGUCAACGCUCUGAUGUUUUGGGUAGUGGACAAUUUCCUCAUGAGAAAGGGGAGGACGAAAGCUAAACUGGAAGAAAGGGGAGCCAACCAAGACUCGAGGAACGGGAGCAAGGUCCGCUACCGAAGGGCCGCGUCCCACGAGGAGUCGGAGUCUGAGAUCCUGAUCUCAGCUGAUGACGAGAUGGAGGAGUCGGACACGGAGGAGGACCUCCGCCGACUGACGCCCCUGAAGCCUGCGAAGAAGAAGAAGCACCGCUUCGGGCUGCCCGUAUGACACGGUCCUGUGCUGGGUCAGGUCUGGGCCCGGCCUGCCGCCAGCGGCAGAUGACGGUCACUCUGCAGGGUCAUUCCCCGCUCCCCUCUCUGCUCCUCCUCGUCUACCUCCGUGCCCUCGCUGUCUCUGCCCGCUCCCAGACGACCGCGACUUGAGAGAGGGCAGGAGAGCCGGCGCCCAGGGGCGCGGCAGUUGGAGGUCUCCACUCAGUUGCACUAUGAACACUGACCAAAUAUGCAAGCAGGGCGUUUCGUGUGUGUGUGUGUGUGUGUGUGUGUGUGUGUGCGCGUGCCGUCAUCCCGACGGUGUUGGAAGGGACCCAGGAGCCCUGUCCUGUGUCUGGCAGGGUGGCACUGAGGAGAAACACACGCAUGCACACAGAUUGUGCAGACAGCCUUCUCCAAAGGCUUGGGGAGUGAAGAUGAAACAUGUUUUGGGCUAAAGUCACUCACUGACGAAGUUGGAACCACAAUGCUUUCUUACUCGAAGUAGCUUUUAUAACUAUUAUUGAUUUCUAAAGUCAGUUUUAUGAGCUGUCACAGUGUUAAUGUUUUUUGAGUAUGUGUUUAUUUCCUAUGGGACUAAUGGGCAAAACAGAUUUUUAAGUCUUCCGUAUGCUGUUGACUUUUAUAUUUUUAAGUUAUAUUUUCAUACUAUUCUAUUUAAAAACUUUUUAAUUCCCAAAGAAAUGGGUUUGUUUGCCUUUGGUGGGAUGUGAACUGGGGGGAGGACAAAGCCGAGAGCUGCUUGUCUGGAGCACCGUUAGGUAACCUGUGGUAAGGUGAGGCGGUGAGCCCAGCACGAAGGGAGAUCCGCCCUCACCUGAAGUCAGCGGCCCCUGGCGCAGUGAAGGUCAGGCCUGAGCGGAGCAGGGGGUCAAACUCGGACCCAGAGUCGUGUGCACGCCAGGGCCCGGCCGCUCCUUGGCGUUUCUGCCGACUGGGCAGACGUCCUAGUUAAACGGGACACAGAGAAGAGUCUAAGAGGUCUUUUUGUCUAGAGAAAUUGCGACUGUGAGGCCACUUCUGUUUGUUCCCUGCCUGUCGUCAGAGCCUCCAAAUCUGCAGUUUAAAAUGUCAUCUCGGCCUCCCGCCUCCCACUGUGCAGCCUUCAGAGCCAGCUUCCUGACCCAGCUCCGGGUCAGGCUGCCCCAGGCCUGUUAUCGCCUCCACCUUUAUUUUGCACAAGAGUCUGGAGAACACCUGCUUGACCAAGUCGUCCUGUUUGUCACGUACUCCAGGGCUGUGGUGUGGCUGCGUCCACAGCCGGCACCAGGUGCUCCUAAGCCGUGUCCCGUCCUUGGGGAGCGGCCCCCACUCAGCCUGGGCAGAGGCCCCCGUGGCUGUGGGCGUCGGCCGACGGGCAGGGAGUGGGCUGGCUGGACACUGGCCCUGCUGUGGAAACAGCACGGCGGGGCACCCAGGCCGUCACAGCCCGAGGCACAGAAACCCGCACUGCUGAGUGUGAGCUGCGAAGGAGAUGGGUGGGGAGGCCACACCACCCAGAACCUUAUUUUUAGACCUACAUAAAAAUGUGUUUCUCUUAAGAAGAUUGAGUCUGAAUUGUGGCGUUGAGCCAAGCUGCUCACCGAGGCAUGCUGGGCCUGGCCUCCGCCUGUCACGAGCCUGGGACAUGGGGGUCUGCCUGGGGGAGGCCUUCUCCGUCCACCCUCUCUAGGAGUCCACAAGCCAGAGGGGCUGAGAGGGGCCGGGCCCUGUAACCGCGGUGGGAGGCGACUGCUCGGUGAGCGUCUGCGACUGGAGCGAAGAGGCGAGGCCGGGUGGUGCCUCCUGUGAGACUGGAGUCCAUCUCCUCCCUCACAUCACCUCCUCUCCCACUUCGCGCCCUUCACCCCUCCCAUGCUCUGGCUGCAUCGGUGGGUGUCUCCACCAGAGAAGCGGCAUUGGGAAGACCAGCCCCUUGUGGCCUGGCUGACUCUCCUUGUCGCUCCGAUUUCUUGAACAACCUGUGCCCACAGCUGUUUGUCUUGAGCCCCUUCCUGAACUCAGAAUCGGAGCUUCAUUUUCAGUCUCGAUCCCCUGAUGUUUCCAAACUGCAGAUGGGGUCAGGGAGCUAUAGUCUGUGAAAUAGGGGACCUGGGUUACAGGGACCUCAGGUGAUCUGCUCACCUCAAGGCUUGUCCCAGUACCUGCUGGGAAAUGGGUUUAGUGGACAAAGAAGUUACGAGUUAGUGGUGGUUCCCUGUGUCCUGAUGUUCAGCAAGGGCUGUAGUCACUGAGCUGUGGCUGUGUAGCUGGCUAACUCGACGGUACCUGCCCAUCGAGGGCCUGUGCACUGUGGGGCCGGACAGGGUGGCCUCCUCCUGAGUCCGUGCACCCGCGCACACGCACACACACAGCACAGAGUUCGUAUUCCCUGGGAGUGUGUCCUGUGCCACUGGGUCUUUUUUGUGGCACACUGCCCAGAGAGGGCGGAAGCUGGGGGCCUGUCAGGACUUCUCCGGAGCUGCCCCCCCCCCGGCGAACUUCCGCACCACCUGCUCCAAGGUGCCUUACGAGGUGCAGCUCCUCACUCAGCCACGUGGCGAGCAUCACUGUGCUUGAGAAACCAUAGGACCCCGACUGGAUAUUGUUCACUGCCCAUCUCGUUUGUCAGAAUCUGGACCUUGGCUAAGCCACCCAUGAUGGAAACUUGUAAGUUAAGGUCAUGAAUAAAUUUCUUGUAACUAAUGGAAAUAACCUGAAGAGGCAGAACUAUCACGGCUGAAUGGAAGAGAUGAUUGUGGCUCUUCCUUUUGCUGUCAGUGGGAUGUGGACAGUGGUUAAGGAGGGAUGUCGGUGGGACCCCGGGUAGCAAUGGCUUCGUGGUCCAUUCAGCCAGAAGACCUGUGCGCUGAAGCCCUCGGGCACACGGUGGGCUCCCGCCUCAAGCUUCAACUUGUGCCCCUUCCUGGCAGUGGGAGUCCUGGGUUAGUGCUGGUACAUCACGCCUCUGAAGGGAAAACACAGAAGGGCUCCGAUCCCCCUCGUGUCUUCCCCUCAGUGGUACAGGCCUGUCGGCUGCUGUCCGGCGUCCCCGACGAAAGGUGCCCCAGGACUGCAGCCCACGGGGCCCUGCUGACAGCAGGUCGCUGGCCUCCCUGUGGCCGGGCCAGCGUAGUGAUGCCGGGAGCUUCCUGUCUGCCGGAGCAGCAGCCCCUCCGUGAGGUGUAGGGCCACCCUCUGUGAGUCUCCCGCACUUCGAGCUGCAGGCAGGGCUCCUGUCCUACCCUGGGAAACCGGGGCAGCCUGAAGGGCUUUGUCCUUGGUGAGGGACUUCCGGUCCAAGUGUUGGUACCGUGAGGCGCUGGGUGGGUGGGUUGGUUUAAUUUGAUUUCUGUUUUCGUGAAGUUUAUUAGAAGUCAGACGUAUGUGAGCAAAAACCAUGGCCUACUUCCACUGUCUGCCUAGGAGGGUGUUGAAUUGGUGGUGGUACGAUUCACAGAAACACAUUUUUGAAAUGAAAGGGAAGACGAUGUACUUACACUGUAAAAUGGUUUACAAUAAAGUUUGACAUCUUAUUACAGCUUUUUUUUAAAAAAGAAACGAUCACUUUUGUGCUUGUUGGUGUGUGUUCUCUGGAGUCGGAACAGUUUGGUGGUGUCAGGAAAACCU